CAUUUGAAGGCUAUGCUAAGCAAACACAGCUGGUAUAUAAGAAAAAGCAACUAGGACAGAUAUCACGUUUGCCAGAGUGUUUACUGCUGUUAUAGUUGUCAACUCUCUGGAGUACUGACAAGAUGGACAGGUAUUUUCUGCUGGUCUUGUGUCUAGUGACACUGUCUAACGUUCAGCUGGGACAGUCUCAAUGUGAUGUUGUGAGGAUUGCUGCAGCUGUGUAUGAAGUUGUAGGACCAGCUUUGGAGACUAUUGAGAAAGACAUGAAGAAUAUGAAGUCUGACAUGGCACAAGCCUCAGCCAAAAAGGUUGAUAAUCUCACACAAGAGGUUGAGAAACUUGACACCAGACUGAGUUCUCUGAAUGAAUCAAUGAGAGAUGAUUUCAGUGGUGUCGAGAGAGGGUUAAGUGGCACAGCAAACAUGAUAUGUGACAAGAUUGACGAACAUGACUAUCAAAUCACUACUAAACUGAUGAGAAUGAACCAGAGC